AUGGUCCAGAGAUCUGACGUCAACUACUUCGGUGCUGGCCCCGCGCCCCUCCCCACCGCCGUCCUCGAGAAGGCAUCACAAGCGCUGCUCAACUACCAGGACAAGGGUCUUGGUCUGUGCGAGAUCUCCCACCGUUCACCAGAAGCCAAUGCCAUCCUUGCCGAAACCAAGCAGGCGCUUAGCGACCUGCUCGAGAUCCCCGAUGACUACGACAUCCUGUUCCUGCAGAGCGGCGGCAGCGGCGAGUUCAGCGCGACCGUGUACAACCUCGUUUCGAUUUGGGUAGAGAAGAAGCGCGCCAAGAUUGCCGAAGAGGUGGGAGACAACAAGGACGAAGUGCUGAAGAGGCUACGGAAGGUUGUGGAUGAAGAGCUCAAGGUCGACUACCUUGUCACCGGCUCGUGGUCGCUCAAGGCCUCACAAGAAGCUGCACGCCUCAUAGGCGCCAAGCACGUCAACGUUGCAGUUGACGCCCGUAAGGCCAACGAUGGCAAGUUUGGCAAGAUCCCGUCCGAAGACCAAUGGAGCCUUACCCCUCGUUCGUCUGGCGGACCAGCGUUCGUCUACUUCUGCGACAACGAGACUGUCGACGGCGUCGAGUUCCCUUCGUUCCCCAAGAGCCUCGAGGGCGAGGAUGCUCCCAUCGUUGUCGCCGACAUGUCUUCCAACUUCAUCUCCCGCAAGGUCGACGUUAAGAAGUACGGCGUCAUCUUCGGUGGUGCACAGAAGAACAUUGGUAACACAGGUAUCGCCAUUGCCAUCCUCAAGAAGUCGCUCCUUCCUCCCCAGUCGCCAUAUGCCUCGCCAGACAUCUUGAGAGAGCUCAAUUUGGCUGUUGGACCCAUUGUCUUCGAUUACCCUACAAUCGCCAAGAACAACUCGCUAUACAACACCCUGCCCAUCUUCGACGUGUGGGUUGCCGGACAGGUGAUGAAGAGUCUUGUUGAGUCCUACGGCGCAAAGCGUAUUGGUGGUCAGGAAGAGAUUUCAGAUGAGAAGGCCAAUUUGAUCUACGGCGUGCUUGACAAGUACGCAGAUGUGUACCGCGUCGUUCCGGACAAGUCCGCGCGCAGCAGGAUGAACAUCUGCUUCCGGGUUUCUGGCGGAGAUGCGGACAAGGAGAAGGCUUUCCUCGCCGGCGCCGAAAAGAAGGGCCUGCUCGGGCUGAAGGGCCACCGCAGCGUUGGCGGUAUCCGCGCCAGCAAUUACAAUGCCGUCUCUCUCGACGGUGCAAAACUGCUCGCCUCCUACCUUGAGGAAUUUGCGAAGUCUGCUUAG